AUGGACUUCCUCCGUCAACGUCUUCCGGCUCCGAGGCAAGACCAGCAAGCUCGCCGGGCUCGCAAGCAAGGCGGUCCGGCCGUGGCGAACGAGACCUACCAGCCAUCUCGCAUUGCGCAGCUCGCGCAAGAGUCGCCGGCAUGGUACCGAUCUUCCGCUCGGAGGAAGCUUUACUUUCUCCUAUUCCCGGCAGCUGUUGUCUCUUACGCAACCAGCGGCUACGAUGGUUCCAUGAUGAACAGCUUGCAAACGGUGUCCUAUUUUGACGACUUCUUCGACAAUCCUCGCGGUGCGGUUCUUGGCUUGAUGAGCGCCAUCAUGUCUCUGGGAAGCAUCUGCUCGACCCCUAUAGCACCGUGGGUGGCAGAUCGCUUUGGCCGACGAUGGGGUAUCACGGUGGGAAGUUUGAUCAUGAUUGCCGGUGCUAUCCUUCAAUGCGAGAGUACAGAGUUCGCCAUGUUCGUGGUCAGCAGAUUUAUUCUGGGCUUUGGUCUAUCCUUUGCUACGACUUCCGCUCCUAGUUUGGUCAGCGAGCUGUCACAUCCGAAGGAUCGUGUGACGAUUACUGCUAUCUGCAACACCUGUUGGUACGUAGGAAGUAUCUGUGCCGCCUGGAUUACCUUCGGCACCCGAACGAUCCCAAGUACAUGGUCCUGGCGAAUUCCCUCCCUGCUUCAAAUGGCACCUAGUGUUGUGCAGCUCGCUGCUGUCUGGUUUGUCCCCGAAUCACCAAGAUGGCUCAUCUCUAAAGACCGCGAUCACGAUGCGCUCGAAGCUCUCAAGCGAUACCACGGUGAUGGCGAGGAGACGGAGUUGGUCAGGCUGGAGUAUGAAGAGAUAAGAACGGCGAUCGAUAACGAGAAGAGACUUGGGUCUACUACUUGGAAGUCAAUGGUCACGACAAAGGGCAACCGUUACCGCAUGUUUCUUGUCAUCUGCAUGGGCUUCUUUUCCCAGUGGUCCGGUAAUGGCCUGAUUGCGUACUAUCUCUCUAGAAUCAUGGACACUGUCGGCAUCAAAGACAAGAACACGCAAGCUUUAGUCAACGGUCUCAUCAACAUCUGGAACUUUGGACUCGCGCUUACUACUGCUUUCUUCGUCGAAAGAAUUGGCAGGCGCCCGCUUUUCCGUAUCUCCACUGUCGGCAUGCUCACAGUCUUCAUCGCCUGGACCAUUGCUUCGGCACGCUUUGCCGAGACCAGCGACAGGUCUGCCGGUAUCGCUGUCAUGGCUCUGAUCUUCGUCUACCAGGUCUUCUACUGCAUCGCUUUCUCGCCCCUGCCUGUCGCUUACUCCGUCGAAAUUCUACCUUUCUCAAUCCGAGCCAAGGGUAUGGCGACCUAUGUCUUUGCGACUAAGGCCGCCGUCUUCGUCAACCAAUACGUCAACCCCAUUGGGCUUCAGAACAUUGGAUGGAAGUUCUACAUCGUCUACGUUGCCAUCUUGGCGGUUGAGAGCUUCGUUGCUUAUGGAUGGUUCUUGGAGACCAAGGGAAAGGCUUUGGAAGAGAUUGCGGUAAUCUUCGACGGCGACCAAGCGAAUGUUCGGGUUGACGAGAACGGAAAAGGAGACGGCCCUGUUGAUGUGGAGGAAAACGAGCAUGUCAACAAAGUUUGA